AAAUUUUUGAUACCUCCUCUCCCCUUGCUAGAAGCGAAGAUCCAGGUGAGCGAUAGUGAAGCCUCCGCGAUUCAUCUGCUGUCCAAAUUGGUGUGUCUCUUCGCGUUGGAUGAAUGAAACGAAACCAUCUCCGGCUGUGCCGUGUGACAUCAAUUGUGAGGUGUUGGUACGUGUGAGCUUUUUUUUCCUCUGCCUUUUCUGACUUGCUGGGGCGCAAUUCCCGCCGCCAUUGGGACGAGUGUUUGACUGCGCUCCCUACCCGCGAAAAGGUUACUACAAGAGCGAGAGAAAAUCAGCUGAGUCAGAAGAACCGAGAGGCAGCACCAAAAGAAGGAAAAAAGUGUGAUUAAGUGAAGAUUUAACGGAUCAGUGAUAAAUUGGUGGAGUGUGAGAGGUUGCCCAAGAGAAGAAUAGAAGACCCCCAGAAGAAGCAGCCGACCCAGAAGACCCCGCGAGCGAGUGAAGUAGUUUGUGUGGAAAUCACGUCUGGGAAUUGAAUAUACGGAUAAUUGAUACAUUACACAACGAGUGAGAACCUGCGGAAGAAGUAUUAGUGAGGAGAAGAUUGAAGAAUUGUUAAGGUGGAGAACGUGAAAAGGAUUGUGGAAACUUAGUGGAAGCUGUUGAGUACGAGAACCAUUAUCAAUCACUUCGGAAAACCCCCUGUGGAAUCCACUGAAAAGUGACUACCAGAUUUUGUUUAUUCGUGAAAGCAUUCGACUGUUCAGCAUUUUUUGCAGUCGUAACCACACCAUCGCUUUCAACAUCGCCAUAAAACUGCCAAGCAGGAAACGAUCGCAUUCGCAUCUGGCCGUAAUCAAAAGUGCAAAAACAAACACACCCAAUAAACGCCGCCACAACUGCUGCAGUCAACUCGACUCUGGGAUAAUAAUUCCAAAAAUGUAAUACCACAUAAAUAAUGUAUUGAGACAUACUUGGUUGCAAUCGUCAUCGAAAAAGUCGGUGAAACACUGAACUAAAAAACUAACAAGGUUCGCUUCUCGAUUCAUUGAUAACGAACUGCUCUGAAGCACGUGAAGCCUUUGAACUGCAACUAGAUCGUGACGUCGAGACACGGUGGUAGCGCGAAAGAGCGCCACCAAACGAAAGUGAAACACCAUGGAGAAGUAUGUAACCGUCGUAUCGGUCGACGAUCAGCUACAGCAACCACCGACAGAUGUAAACGGCAGCAAGGAAGUGCUAAAUGGGGGUGUGGAAGCCGUCAUUAAUGCGGUCAGCAACGGAAGCGACUCUGCGGUCGAUUCACAGUUUGUCACAGUGCUGUCGAUCAACCAUGGCGAUGCGCUGGAGGGAGCUACCGAACCAGAACUGGUACUGGUCUACCGGUUACCCGGAGAAAGGCUCGGCUUUGGGCUCAAGUUUCAGGGUGGCACGAAAAACAACGAGAAAAUCCAGCGGCUGUUCAUUCAGUCGUGUGCGGAAAACAGCCCCGCCUCAAGGGUGCAGGCCAGCUGGGGCUUCCUCAGAGAGGGAGACGAGAUUUUGGAGAUCGAUGGCGUUACGGUGACGCAGAUGACGAGGAUCGAGUGCGUUAAGUGCUUGAAGGAAAGCAAUUUGGCCAUAAAGCUGCUGGUGAGGAAUGGAGAAGGAAAAGUACAAAACUUCUUCGACGAGAAUGGAGAUGUCCCGGAGAAGAAAAGUGUGCCACCUCCACCACCUCCGGUGCCACCGAGGAAAUUGAAUAAACGAAAGGUGGCGGAACAACAUCCGGUUGAACCUCCAGCGAAGCAAGUCGUUGAGAUCGUGCAUCCUCCAGAUGCGGAAGUCUACUCAAACUUAUUUUCCGACGACAUAAGCGAUCUGAUCAGCGAAUCGGACGACACUGCCAGUACAAUUUCUACAGUCAUAGAUAAAAACUCAAUAUGCUCAAGUCUGUCCUCAGAGGACUACACCAUUUCGUCAACUCCAAGCAGUUUGGAGUUGGCAAAAGCUCUGAAGCCGUUCACGCUUCUCGAGAAAGAAUUCAACCUAGAAGAUAAACUCGAAAGCAAUUUGUUCACUUUUCAACCUUCGGCGGUCAACAUAGUUCAAGUAGAAGUAGGUCCUCCAUCACUCACGAAUGAGUACGAAAACGUCUCCAUAGCAAAGGUAGACGAAAACAAGAAUUACGAAAACGUCGUAAUUCAGGCCAGUGACCAUCACCCACAAAACUACGAAAACGUUACUAUACAGGAAGUCAUAGACGUCCAGCCGUACGAAAACGUUGUCAUUUCUACUCCAGACAACCAUCCUGACUCAACCGUCUACGAAAACGUUGACCUCAAAGCACCUCCUCGUCCUGCACCUCGUCAAGGUGCGGUUAUCGAGCCUAAAAGACGAGCUGCCCCACUACCAACCGAAAUCAUCCCGCCACCCCGCCAAAAAUCUCCCAAAUUUCCACCGCAACUCCCACACGAGUUCAACACCAUCCAGAGCUGGCUCCAGGAAGCCACCGAAGUCAUCCACGAGUGUGCCCUUGCGCCCCACGCCGAGUCUCCCAAAGAUGAUAAACGCACCGGAAGCAACGAGAGCCUCCCUCGACUGAUCGAUUUCCAUCCGAAAGUUUCUAGUCCUUUCAAGCCAGUCAGUAUUUCGCCGCAACCGACAACGAUGGUUAUGGUGGAAGACACCGUCAGAAGCAAUGACGACGACCUCGAACCGGAGCACCCACAAGUGGUGGUGAAAAAGUGCAUUAAAAUUAGCGCCAGCAACGACGGACAAGGCCAAGUUGAAAGCUACAUCGAAUCGUCGUCGUCCAGCGAUGACGACGAGGAAAAAAGCUACGAACCGCAUGCUUACCGCCAGCAGCACCAGCAGCAAUAUCACGAAGAGGAAGAGGACGAGGAAGAAGAAAGGCGGUCUUGCGAUGGAAGCGGUGCUUUCGAUAUCUACAGCGAUGAAGAUGGUGAAAAGCUUGGCCCGCCGGAAAUUGUGGCCGGGGGACCGUCAGAGGCAUAUUUCAAUUUCCACUGGAGCACGACGCUGCUACCGCCGAUCGGCGAAGUGGAGGAGGAGUUUUCGUCGUUGGAAAAUCAACAGAGCGGUCCAAUCGUGAUAAUUGACACCGCCGAGGAGACCCUCUUCAACGACAGCAACAAUAACCAACACCGGGAACCAAAGGCUAAACUAAACGGCCACCAUGAGUACGUCCCGGAGCUGGAAGACGACGAACCUUUUCCGUCGGCAAUGUUUGUCGAUAGCCAAGAACAGCAAGACAUUAUUCCGCCGAAAAGCGUUGUCAUCCAAAAUCCCUCUCCAAUAUCGUCUUCAACUCUUGUAGAAAACGACACUGAACUUGAUACUACUGGUGCGAAUGGUGACGCAAUUAGCUCCACCGUAGAGAACGAAACAGCUGUUGUUGUGGUCGAGUCGAACGCUGAAGCUGAUAAGAACCAAGUUCAGGUAGAUGGGGACGACACCUCAACGGUUGAACACUCGCCGAAGGCAGACAACGAGUCGAUUGUUUUGGAGGCGAAUUCCUCCCAAGGUGUUACCGAUCAGUGCGUGAGUGACACCAUGGACAUAGAUAGUGUGACAGCUUCGAACGAGAUAAUUUCCGAAACGAGCUUAGUGACCGCAAACAUGGACCUGAAACCGGAUGUUACGGAAUUGGGGCAGUUUACGUGUGAUACCAUGGCUGAGGAUGUGACUGAUGAUGACGUUGAUCUUCUGGCCGUGGUCGGAGACAGCGUGGAGAGCGAUUUCGAAGAACUGGUCAAAGCGCAAAUCGAACAGUUUGACGACGACAAUUCUGAGCAAAUUCAACAGAUUCAUGAGAGAAUCAUUGUUGGAAUUGAAGGCUCGAACAGCAUCGGUGAAGAGGGGGGUGCUGAACUUGGGGAGGAAUCGGUUAUGCCUGUGGAACAAGUAGCUAGUGAGAAGAACGGAGAAGAUUUGGAUAUAGGUGAAGAAAGUGUGGAAAUCCGGGAAGAAAUUCUCGCCGAAGACGUUCCUGACGGUGUCGCAGAAACGACGGAGAUAGUCAACGCAGACCAGCAGCAGGUCGACAAUAAUCAAGGUGAGUGCUUAGUAUCAAAUAAUUGUUAUGGUGCUCUUAUCAGCUGUUGUUGCACUUUAUUGCCUGUACAGUGAUAAUGGUGAGCCGUU